UUGUUCAGUACAUUUUGUUUUGUUUAAAAUAAUAAUUUAAAAAUAAGUAAUAAUUAAAAGUGUAAUAGUAAUAAAAUGUCUCACAGUGGACGCAGUGAAUGUAGAAUUUACGUUGGGAAUUUACCACCAGAUAUAAGAACUAAAGAUAUUCAAGAUUUAUUUUAUAAAUUCGGUAAAGUAACUUUUGUUGACUUAAAAAAUCGUCGGGGUCCCCCAUUUGCGUUUGUUGAAUUUGAAAAUGCCAGGGACGCCGAUGAUGCUGUUCAUGCGCGAGAUGGAUAUGAUUAUGAUGGCUAUCGCCUUAGAGUAGAAUUCCCCCGUGGUGGAGGUCCAUCUGGUUUUCGAGGUGGACAUGGAGGUGACAGAAGUGGAAGAGGUUCGAGAGGUCCUCCAGCUCGACGAUCGCAAUUUAGAGUAUUAGUUACCGGUUUACCACCAUCAGGUUCUUGGCAAGAUUUAAAAGAUCAUAUGAGAGAAGCUGGUGAUGUUUGUUUUGCGGAUUCAUUUAAAGAUGGAACGGGUGUUGUUGAAUUUUUAAGAUACGAAGAUAUGAAAUAUGCGAUUAAAAAAUUGGAUGAUUCUCGUUUUCGAUCUCAUGAGGGUGAAGUUGCAUACAUUCGUGUAAAAGAAGAUAACAGCAAUGGAGGACGAUCUCGGUCUCGUUCAUAUUCACCUCCAUCACGACGUCGUGGUAGUCCUACAUAUUCGCCAGUGCGUCGAUCACGAGAUUCUAGAUCCCGUUCACGAUCUCCUUAUUAGUUAAGAAAUGACAUAAUAUAUACUGUAAUCAAAAAACAAAAAAUACCUUAGAGCCAUCAACCGAAUGGAUAAGGCACGUGUAAUUAUUUUAUAUAAUUAGUACUAUUCAAAUAUUUUAA